AUGCAGGCGUGCAAUCGGCUCAAGACGGCGUUUGCUCAGGGCAAGCAGUCCAUGGGGAUGUGGCAGAUGAUUCCGGGGGCCAAUGUAUCGAGGCUGCUGGCGAGGUCGGGCGUAGAUUGGGUCAUGGUUGAUUGUGAGCAUGGGAACAUUGACGAUGGGGCCAUGCAUGAUGCGGUGCCGGCGAUUGCGGCGUUGGGCGUGACGCCUCUUGUCAGGCUGCCGGAUGUGCAGUCGUGGAUGGUCAAACGGGCAUUGGAUGCUGGUGCUCAUGGUAUUCUCGUACCACUGCUUCGUUCGGCAGACCAAGCAAGAGAGUUGGUUCAAGCUGCCAAGUUCCCGCCCUGGGGCAAGCGAGGAUUCGGAUCCCCCAUCGCGCCCGAGCGGUUCAAUCCCGUGCCUUCGUUUACGGAGUACCUGCAGCAGGCAAACGACGCUCUCUUGACAAUGGUCCAGAUUGAGACGCGAGAGGCUUUGAGCGAGGUGGAAGAAAUCGCUGCCGUGAAGGGCGUUGACGUGCUCUUCAUCGGACCCUUUGACCUUGGCAAUAAUAUUGGCCACCCCAUCCUAGACGGUGUCAUGGCCCCCGAGCUGAAAGAAGCCAUUGCUCGAAUCCUCGCAGCAUGCCGGAAAGCCGGCAAGAAGUGCGGCAUGUACGCCACGAGCGGCGAGCAGGCCAAGCUCUAUGCCGACCAGGGCUUCGACAUGAUCAGUGUAUCGGCCGACUACACUGCACUGGAUUAUAUACUGAAACAGCAAUUCAACGCCUCACAGGGCGGUCCUAUCGCUGAGAAGAAGGGCUCAUAUUAG